AUGCCAGCCUGGGGCCUCACGCCGGAGUCUGCGCAGCGCCUCCGCGCUCUGUUGGCAGCGCUGCGAUCCACGCCGGGCUUCCGAGAAGCUGUUCUCCGGCGCUGUGGGGGCUGCGCCUUGGAGGCCGCCGCGCUGGCCGCGGAGGACCCCCAGAGUUGGGCCGACGAAGACCUGAAGGCGAAGCGAGCGGAGUGGCGCCGGGCCGGCCUCGCGCGGGGCUGA